GCUGCGCACACACUAUAGCCAUUUUCCUGUUGCCUCCGCGCUCCGCCACGUUGGUUUCCUACGUGUGUGUCGCAUUCUCCUGCGCAGCACCAACGUUAUGUUUGUGAUGAGGCGGGAAAUGGCGUCCGCAGACAUGGUUGAUCUGUGACUAGCUACCGAGCGACGGACACAGCUGGCAGCAACGACCACGGCCCGACCUCUAUCGGUGGCCGCUACGGUCACGGCAGAGAGCUGACAACGCUGCGGCAAGUUUCGAAGAGCUUCCUAGAUCAUCGAUUUUCUAUGUGACGUUGGGGCAUGAUGAGGCUGAGAGUGCGUAAAGCUCCUCAGCAGCCCAACCUAGGCCAUCGAACACACUCAUCCCAGGCCAAACGGAAACACUGUGAAGUGGAGCCAUCACCGGUGAGAGGUCGAGGCAAAAUGCAAAAGAAUGAAACUGGCCUGCUCUCCACAAUAAAGAAAUUCAUCCGUGGAAAUGCUGUCAAGGUGGAGCAAGAUAUCCCCGCUAAGAGGAGUCGUAUUGAUUGUAAUUCUGAAAGUGAACUAAUUACUUCAUCGCCACAGACUCGAGGUCUGUCCAACAAAUCUGUCUCCAGAGUUUGCCGGAAAAGUCCAAAUAAAGACACAAUGACAUGCAACAGUAAACCGAUAAAACCCAACGGUAAACUGGAGGCCCCCGUCGACUCAGCGAGCAGCCCGCCACGAACCACCCUACUCGGAACUAUAUUCUCACCAGUCUUCAACUUUUUCUCACCAGCAACUAAAACUGCCACUCCUGGCUCAGACUCUCCCGGCCAGGCGAUGGAGGCAGAGGAGAUCAUGAAGCAGCUGGACAUCGAGCCAGCGGAAGAAAUGCCGAGCAGCACUCUCACGUCCACAGAGGGCAUCACCCCGUGUCACGCUGCCCCGAUAUUACCGCAGAGGCUUCAGAUUUCCUCCGAUGCGACCAUAGAAGAAGGAGAGAUCGUCACUGAGACUGACAUGCCCCCGUUAACAGCUCCUGGUUGUAUGCCAGAUGGCAGCUACCCCCACACGUUACCCUCAGCUCCUGCAGAAACCUCGUACGAUGAGGACUGGGAAGUUUUUGACCCGUACUUCUUCAUCAAGCACGUGCCUCCACUGACAGAAGAGCAGUUAACACGCAAACCAGCGUUACCUUUGAAAACACGCAGCACGCCGGAGUUUUCUCUCGUCCUGGACCUGGAUGAAACUCUGGUUCACUGUAGUUUGAAUGAGCUAGAAGAUGCAGCUCUGACAUUCCCAGUGCUCUUUCAAGAUGUAAUAUACCAGGUGUAUGUUCGAUUGAGGCCCUUUUUCCGAGAGUUUCUCGAGCGCAUGUCUCAGAUGUAUGAGAUUAUUCUCUUUACGGCUUCAAAGAAAGUCUACGCCGACAAGUUGCUCAACAUCCUGGACCCGAAAAAGCAGUUAGUAAGGCAUAGACUUUUUCGUGAGCACUGUGUGUGCGUUCAAGGAAAUUACAUUAAAGACUUAAACAUUCUUGGACGGGAUCUUUCCAAGACGAUAAUAAUCGACAACUCACCCCAGGCCUUUGCUUAUCAGCUUUCCAAUGGAAUCCCGAUUGAGAGCUGGUUUGUGGAUAGAAAUGACAACGAGCUUCUAAAGCUUGUUCCUUUCCUCGAGAAACUCGUGGAGUUGAAUGAAGACGUCAGGCCGCACAUCCGAGAGCGGUUUCGUUUGCACGACCUCCUUCCUCCAGACUGAAACGCUCGCCUUCGUCUCGCCGUUGAACAUCGAACCAACAUUGGGGGAAAAAAGUCAAAGGACACAUUCAGUGGAUUUCUCUUUGCAUACGCAACAUUGCCAUUAUUAUUAUUAUUUUUAAAACCACACACAAAAAAAAUUGAAAGCUAUGUUUGAGUCAAAACGUCCUGGCUGUUUUUCAUACGUACUCGGAACAAACGGACGCUCUCGCUGCAGCAGGUUCUUCAAUCUCCGCUCAGUUCUUUUCGGCGCGAGCUUGACGACGGCCUCAUGGAAGGUAUUUUGUCUUUAACGGCCGUUUUGGAUUGACGAGACUGAAUGUCACACAGUGUGGGAUUAUAAGGACCUCGUUGGUUUCAGCCUGACCUCGAAGGGCCAGUCAAACCUGUAUAAUAUUCACUCUAUUUACUUGUAAAUAUAAUGUACAUAAUUGUUUUUUUUUUCUUCGAGGUUUUUAAGUCAUUUUAUUUUCACUUCAGAUUUUAGUAUGUCUUCUUUGAUUUGGUUGCUUUUAUAAACCAACAAAAUGUCAUUGUGUUUUGUUUGAAGUUGUUGAUGAGCAGCUGCUUUUCUGUUGUAUGCCUGCAUUAUUCCUGUGAUGCUUUACUCCAUUACAUGCAGUUGUCUGUAAUAAGGUGCAGUUUAAACAAAAAAAAACAACAAAACGUAUCUUUGGGAGGAAAAUGUUUCUGAAAUAAUAUUUUAAAGCGAUGAAAUGUAAGCUAGAAUAGGGUCUCAAAUGAAUACAAAGCCAUAAUGGCCGAAGAAUAAUUUUAAAGAUUUGUAUUUGAGAGUCCAUUUCUGAUUGCGACACUUUGAUCGUCCUCUUUGAUGGGGGAGGGGAGGGGUGAGGCAUCUUGCACUUUGACAUCCAGCCCUUUGUAAGUUGAUGUAAAAUCUUGUCACUUUUCUACACAGGUGUGCAUCACCGAGAUUUGUUAUGUGGGCGGGGGGGGGGGGGGGGGGAUGAAAUUGUAGCACCAGCAAAUUGCCAACAUGUUUGCUUUGAAAUCUUGUUUUCCAAGACGUCUUGUAUGUGGGGAUCUUUGAUGAUGUAGGAGUCACGAGUUUUAUUGACUAUUGAAUGAUCACUCCUGGUGUAUUCAGUGUUACUCAAUGGUUUCCUUGAAAAUAAAUCCAUUUUUAUACGA